UCCUGGGUGCUACCUGGCUGUCUGCUGUACACACACUGCUCCUGACAGAUGGUUGAUCAAACGCGACACACGUGCAACAGAUGUGGGUGGGGCGGAAACAGUAAACACCAACUGUGCUCUUCGGCUUAGCUCCUGACUUGAUUUAUCAGAUAGAUUAGUUAGCUGACAGCGCGUCAGAUGGUAGCUAAGAUCAACCAAAAUGUUCCGUUAGCGCACAAAAUUAGAAACGCAAAAUGCGAUGCUACCUUCAAGCAUUUCUCCUGUGCUUGGUCUUCACCUUCUUCUCACUGUUGUACGUGUUCAACCAGCUAGCCUCCACCUUGGAGGACGGAGACGACUGGGGCUUGAAGGAGCAGGGGAUAUCCGACAGGCGCAGUCAUGACUCCGGGCACCUUCUCAGGAAAAGGCCCGGGCUGGCAGGCCUUCGAGACCGCGAAGACGGGCUUGACAGGUGUAAAUCACUAUCAGUUUCUUACUGGAAUCCAUAUUGGAGACUGCCUGCUGGUGUUUGUGGAGUGAACUGCUUAUUGGGAUCAUCUCUUAGAGAGAGGUCGGCUUCUGCAGUAAAGGAGCAGGGUGAUGAGAGAAGUCACCUGGCUGUGGUGGCCUGUGGCUCCAGGCUAGAGGAGACUCUUACCAUGUUGAAGUCUGCCGUUCUCCUCAGCAGGAAGCCUCUGCACUUUUACAUCUUUGCUGAGGAUGAUCUACAUGAACGCUUCAGAAAUGCUCUGGACUCCUGGCCAAGAACAGUUCAGACCAAGUUUAACUUCACCAUCUACCCCAUCACGUUUCCCAAGGAGAAUGCAAAUGAGUGGAAGAAGCUCUUCAAACCUUGUGCCUCUCAGAGGCUCUUCCUGCCACUGAUCCUGAAGGACGUGGAUUCUUUGCUCUAUGUGGACACAGACAUCAUUUUCCUGCAGCCAGUAGAGGACAUCUGGGGCCUUCUUUCUCAGUUUAAUUCAAGCCACUUAGCUGCCAUGGCUCCGGAGCACGAGGAGCCACGCAUCGGCUGGUACAAUCGUUUUGCCCGCCACCCUUACUAUGGCAAAACAGGCAUCAACUCAGGGGUCAUGCUCAUGAACAUGACGCGCCUCAGGGAAAAAUCCUUUAAGAAUGACAUGACAACAGUUGCACUCAAGUGGGAGGAACUUCUGAUGCCCCUUCUCCAGAAGUAUAAACUUAAUAUCACCUGGGGUGACCAGGACCUCCUUAAUAUCAUAUUCCACCAAAACCCAGAAAGCCUGUAUGUGUUCCCCUGCCAGUGGAACUACCGUCCAGACCACUGUAUCUACGGCAGCAACUGUCAACAGGCUGAUGAAGACGGUGUGUUCAUUCUCCAUGGGAACAGGGGAGUUUACCAUGAUGACAAGCAGCCUGCAUUUCGAGCAGUCUACGAGGCCAUCCAAAAGUACCCGUUUGGUGACAACAUGGAGACCUCAUUACUUCAGCCGCUGGAAGCGACACUGCAGACCACCACAAAUACAUACUGUGGAAGAACCAGUCACCUGUUUACGAGGAAGUUAAAACAGAGCAUCAUGUCUGUUCAACAAGACGUCACACGGAGAAGAUGAUCAGAAACAGCACUCUGAUAUCAGUGAUGUCAUGAUUAGUGUCUCUAAUUUCUCUCUGGAGGUAGAGACGUGGAUUUAAGACACUCCUGUGGAGACAAUGAGCUGAAUGACAGACUCAAGUCAACACCGAAUCAUCAGCUGUUACAAACUGCAUAUCAAGACUAUGGAAAUGGGUAAUCUGUGGAACAGGUUCUAUUUUUAUUCUUCAGUGAAGCCAAUCCUGGUUCUCAUCUGUCCAGUGAACACAUGAUCUGGUCAGAAAUGCUUUCUCACAGUGGUGGAAAAUGCACUGAAACCACUUUGCCCUGCAGAGAUUUUGGACGUCAUUGCCGACAAGGACACUCGCUGGAUUCUAGACAAUCAGGUUGUGUUACUAUUUGUUUUGAGACAGAUCCUACAAUCGCGUUAUACAGUUUUUCAGAGGUCUUUGGGGGAUAAAACACAGCAGGGUAUUUGAAUGUGUACUCACAUUGGGAGUAUCUUAUAAGAGUUGUUGUAAUAUAAUUUUCCAUACAGGUUUUAACAGGUAUCACUGCAGGAUAUCAAGCCUGUUCCUGUUUCCCAGGGGGUCAAAUACCAACACCUUGUCAUGCCCCUCGGCGUGUGAUAUCGAUACUGAAGGCCCCCAUUUGGCGUCGUCAUGAGACAAUAUCUCCAAUGUAAACCCAUCCAUGGCAAGUAAUAUAUAUAAAGAUGAAUGGGUCAAACAAAAAUGGACUUUUAUCCAGGAGACCACAGUUUGUGUCCAGCGUGAAACCAAAAGCUGGUGUUUUUUUAACUCAACGCUACAUCACCUAAGUUGCUCCUUCCCAUGUGAAACCAAAGACAGUGUUGUUUUUAUGUAAUGUUACUUAAAUUAUGUACCGUUGUCGCUCACUGACAUCACUCGUGCCAUAUUCAUGUCACAAUAUUAGGGCUGCCCCCGACUAAGAAUUUUCCUACUGGACCAAUAGUCGUCAUUUAGGGCCAUCAGUCGACAAGUUGCCCACAUGUUUACGAUGUUAAUUAAAUUAUUAAAUGGUAUAUUUUGGGCGGGGCAACACAAUGGUUUGAGUUGAAGGUCUGAGAAAGAAGUGUAUCAGUAACAUUGUUAACACUGUGCUACAUUACAGAGAAAUACAAAACCGUACUAAUGAACCUUCAUUAAUAUAGGCCUAUAUUUUAUCUACAAGUGCACGUCACACACUGAGCGAGCCGCCUGUUAAUGACGCUGUCUGCAAAGCGGUAAUGAUUGUGCUAAGUGGCUAAUGGACGUAGCUACUUCAAGAGCCCAACCCUGACCGUUUUGCACAUGGGAGAAGUUUUCCUUGUAGGCUUUUUCUCAGAAAGCCUUUUCUGACAGAAAACCAAUCAUUUUAACCCAAACCACAACUUUUUUCCUGCCUUAACCAAGAAAUCCCUUUCUGACAGGAAGCCCUCCAGGAAAACUUCUCCCAACUGCAUCCAUUUCACAUUAAACGCGUUACACUGUGUUUCAGCUGUGUGGCUUGUGCGUCGCUAUGAGAAUCUGAGGGGCGUGGCAGUGGAAAGUAUUCGACAACCUGGGAUGAGAAUGGAUUGCAAUAUCACGGAAAAGGGUUGUUGUUAUUUUCAGGUACUUGUUAGUUCACCAGGAAUUCCUUUUUUUAUUGAACAAAACAGAUGCUAAUUAAGAUUACUAUAAACAUAUGGAAUAUAUCAGUAUUUAUUGUUCUUAUCUUCGACAGGAAGCACUUUUGAUGCCUACCUUAAAACUUAAACAUGAGGCUGUCAUUUCAUCCACCCUGGUGUGGGAGUUUGUCAAAGCAUUGUUUACUGUUUACUGUAUUGGCGUUAAAGUAAUGUCAGUAUCUUUACCAAUAUGAACAUGUGAUUCCUAUAACUGGAACAUUGCCACGGAGAGUAGUUAGUGUUUCAUCAAGCCAGCUAGCGUCAUGAAAUCUGCUCCCAGGUUUAGCAAACAAUUUGCACUUUUGAUUUGAGAAUGAGGAUUGUAACGACACAAAGAUGAUAUCUGUGAUGUAAAUGUCUUACUCAAAAGCCAGCAUAGACAUUCAAGGUUAUAUCAAAUGAAUGGGGAAUAAAUAUUUUUAUUAAAAAGCA